AGCCAGGAGAGCAGGCGCCGCCGCCACCGCUGCCGCCGGGAACUCGGAACACCGCGCGCACAGCCAUGGCUUCGGGCCCUGCGGGGGCGGAGACCCGGCAGAGGCUGCUGCGCACCGUCAAGAAGGAGGUGAAGCAGAUCAUGGAGGAGGCCGUCACACGGAAGUUUGUCCACGAAGACAGCAGCCACAUCAUCUCCUUCUGUGCGGCCGUGGAGGCCUGCGUCCUGCACGGGCUGCGGCGGCGGGCGGCUGGCUUCCUGCGCAGCAACAAGAUCGCGGCUCUCUUCAUGAAGGUGGGCAAGACCUUCCCGCCCGCCGAGGAGCUGAGCCGCAAGGUCCAGGACCUGGAGCAGCUCAUUGAGACCGCGCGAAACCAGAUCCAGGGCCUCCAGGAGAAUGUGCGGAAGCUGCCCAAGCUGCCCAACCUGUCCCCACUUGCCAUCAAGCACCUGUGGAUCCGCACAGCCUUGUUUGAGAAGGUCUUGGACAAAAUUGUGCAUUACCUUGUGGAAAACAGCAGUAAAUACUACGAAAAGGAAGCGCUCCUGAUGGACCCCGUGGAUGGCCCCAUCCUCGCAUCUUUAUUGGUGGGCCCUUGUGCGCUGGAAUACACCAAGAUGAAGACGGCGGAUCACUUCUGGACCGACCCCUCCGCCGACGAGCUUGUCCAGAGGCACCGCAUCCACAGUUCGCACCUGCGGCAGGACUCGCCCACCAAGCGUCCGGCCCUCUGUGUGAGUGGGAUCCAGAAGAGGCAUUCGAGCGGCAGCAUGGAUGAUCGCCCAUCUCUCUCUGCCCGCGACUAUGUGGAGUCCCUGCACCAGAACUCCCGGGCCACCCUGCUGUAUGGCAAGAACAACGUUCUCGUUCAGCCGAGGGAUGACAUGGAGGCGGUGCCGGGGUACCUGUCCUUGCACCAGACAGCUGACGUCAUGACCUUGAAGUGGACGCCCAACCAGCUGAUGAAUGGGUCUGUGGGAGAUCUGGACUAUGAGAAGAGUGUCUACUGGGACUACGCCAUGACCAUCCGCCUGGAGGAGAUUGUCUAUCUGCACUGCCACCAGCAAGUGGACAGCGGCGGGACGGUGGUGCUGGUCAGCCAGGAUGGGAUCCAGAGGCCGCCCUUCCACUUCCCCAAGGGCGGGCACCUCCUGCAGUUCCUCUCGUGCCUGGAGAACGGGCUGCUCCCCCACGGGCAGCUGGACCCACCACUCUGGUCUCAGAGGGGGAAGGGCAAAGUAUUUCCUAAACUGCGGAAGCGAAGCCCUCAGGGUUCCGCCGAGUCCACGUCUUCAGACAAGGAAGACGAUGAGGCCACGGAUUACGUGUUCCGGAUCAUCUACCCCAGCCUGCAGUCCGAGUUCGUGCCCCAGGACCUGAUGGAUGUCUCCGUGAGCAAUCUGCCAUCCCUGUGGCAGCCCAGUCCCCGCAAAUCCUCUUGCUCAUCCUGUUCACAGAGUGGCUCGGCUGAUGGAAGCUCAACCAAUGGCUGCAACCAUGAGAGGGCUCCCCUGAAGCUUCUCUGUGACAAUAUGAAGUACCAGAUUCUUUCCAGAGCCUUCUAUGGAUGGCUUGCCUACUGCAGACACCUGUCCACCGUGAGGACCCACCUGUCAGCCCUGGUCAAUCACAGGAUUGUGUCUGCAGACUUGCCCUGUGAUGCUGGGCGUGGGCUGACGGCCAGGAUCUGGGAGCAGUACCUUCAGGACAGCACAAGUUACGAGGAGCAGGAGCUGCUGCGCCUUGUCUACUAUGGGGGUAUCCAGCCCGAGAUCCGCAAGGCCGUGUGGCCCUUCCUGCUGGGCCACUACCAGUUCGGGAUGACAGAAACAGAAAGAAAGGAGGUGGACGAGCAGAUUCACGCCUGCUACGCACAGACCAUGGCCGAGUGGCUGGGCUGCGAGGCAAUUGUGCGGCAGAGGGAGCGGGAGUCCCACGCGGCUGCCCUGGCCAAAUGCUCCUCAGGGGCCAGCCUGGAUAGUCACCUGCACCGGAUGAUGCACCGGGACUCCACCAUCAGCAACGAGUCCUCCCAGAGCUGCAGUUCUGGCCGCCAGAACGUCCGCCUGCAGAGCGACUCCAGCAGCAGCACACAGGUUUUCGAGUCUGUGGACGAAGUGGAGCAGGUGGAGGCAGAAGGCAAGUUGGAGGAGAAACAGCCCAAGAUCCCCAAUGGGAACCUGGUGAAUGGCACCUGUUCCCCAGACUCCGGUCAUCCCUCCUCCCACAAUUUCUCCUCCGGCCUCUCGGAGCACUCAGAACCCAGCCUGAGCACAGAAGACAGCGUCAUGGACGCCCAGCGGAACGCCUCCCUGGCGCUUCGGCCUGGGGACAGCAGCAUCGACGAGGGGCAGAGCAGCGAGGCCACCACGUCCCGGGACGAGGCUCCCCGUGAGGAGCUGGCCGUGCAGGACAGCCUGGAGAGCGACCUCCUCGCUAAUGAGAGCAUGGACGAGUUCAUGUCCAUCCCAGGCAGCAUGGACGUGGCUCUGCCUGAAAAGGAGGGCCCCCCGAUGGAGGGCUGGGGGGGCGGCGAGGCGGAGAAGCGUAGCCAGGCAGACAGCGAGGACAACCUCUCAGAGGAGCCUGAGAUGGAGAGUCUCUUCCCUGCCUUGGCCUCCCUGGCCGUGAGCACUUCCGUCAACAACGAGGCGUCCCCUGUGUCUUCCAGCGGUGUCACCUACUCUCCGGAGCUGCUGGACCUGUACACAGUGAACCUGCACCGCAUCGAGAAGGACGUGCAGAGGUGCGACCGUAACUACUGGUACUUCACGCCCGCCAACCUGGAGAAGCUGCGCAACAUCAUGUGCAGCUACAUCUGGCAGCACAUUGAGAUCGGCUAUGUCCAGGGCAUGUGUGACCUCCUGGCUCCACUGCUGGUCAUUCUGGAUGACGAGGCCCUGGCCUUCAGCUGCUUCACAGAGCUCAUGAAGAGAAUGAACCAGAACUUCCCCCAUGGAGGCGCCAUGGACACACAUUUUGCCAACAUGAGGUCGCUAAUUCAGAUCCUGGACUCAGAGCUCUUUGAGCUAAUGCAUCAGAAUGGGGACUACACUCACUUCUACUUCUGCUACCGCUGGUUCCUGCUGGACUUCAAGCGAGAACUUGUCUAUGAUGAUGUCUUCUCCGUCUGGGAGACCAUCUGGGCAGCCAAACAUGUCUCAUCCGCCCACUACGUCCUGUUCAUCGCGCUGGCUCUGGUGGAGGUCUACCGCGACAUCAUCCUGGAGAACAACAUGGAUUUCACAGACAUCAUCAAAUUCUUUAAUGAAAUGGCCGAGCGACACAACACCAAGCAGGUCCUGAAGCUGGCCCGGGACCUCGUGUACAAGGUGCAGACCCUGAUUGAGAACAAGUGAGGGCCGUCUCGCCCGGGCAGCGUUGGCCAAGCUGCCGCCUGCCUGUCCUGCCCACUCUUCCUCCCGGCCGCCCCGGGAGCGAGCCCCUGGGUCUGUUCGUGAGCAUGGACUUCUGUGCAAAGAGAAGCCGCCCCGACGUUGGCCGCCGGGCAGGUGGGGUCAAGGGGUGGUCCCUUGAGUUCAGCCUUACGCUUUCCUGUUUGACCAAAGAUCGCCCAUGUCUGGGAUUUCUCCUUCGCGGGGAGUUGUCGGUGGACGGAGGGAUUGUCCCUGUUCGAGGCCUCCGGGAUGGCCUCCUCUCUCUCCUUCUCCCACCCCUCCAAACUGUCUUGUCAGAUGAGCCUUGGGAAUGGAACUGUUCUAGAAACUGGUGUAGGAGGUGUCUGUGGGGCCACCUCUAGCCUCUGACAGGGGCCUUCGGAGAUGUGCCAGAGCACGGUUUCUGCACCUCAGCACCGCUGACACGUGGGCUGGCUCAUUCCCUGGGGCCGGUGGGGCAUCCCGUGCACUGUAGGGUGCUGAGGAGCAUCCCGGCGCCGACCGGCUAGAUGGCGGCAGCACCCUCCCCCCGCCCCCCGAGUUGUGACAACCCAGAAUGUCCCCCGAUGUGACCAGAUGUCCUCACGUGGGACCUACUGGCUCAGAGGAGGGGCCACCAAUGCGUCCCCCAACCCCUUCUCUUUCGACCUAGGCCGCCUGUGUCCGGAGGCUCCCUCCCUCUUAGGAAAAGCACACGGAGCCCUGCUCACAUCCCCCUGGGAGGGCUGCGGUUCCAUUUGUUGUAUUCUCUCAUUUUUCUCCUCCGCUUUGCCCCAGGAGAGACUUCUUCUUGUCAGGAAAGGUGUCUUUGGAAUCAGAGAAGUGUGUGCAGCCAUGAGAAGGUCAGGGGCUUUUCUGAGACUGGCCCCGAGCCCCCCUGGGCAGGGCAGAGUCCUCAGCCCCUCCCCCUCCCUGCAGGAAAGACCUUGCCUCUCCAGCACGCUGGGCCUGGUGCUUCAGAAGCUCGGGACGUGUGUUGGUGCAAGCCAUGUGGUCAGGGAGGCCAGCUUUUCCCCAAGUGCCCUUGCUCACUCAGGACGAAGGAGGAAGACAGAGGUCAGCCAGGGUAGAUGUGUGUGUGUGUUUUCCACGGUGGCUAGGUCUGGCAGCGGUCCCCACCGUGUCUUUUCACAAAGCGUCGCCAGUCCACAAACAGAUCCUGAGGGAGGUAGUUCACCUGCCCGCCUGUCCUUCAGGAAAGCGGUCCUGCCAACUCUAUUCUGAGAAUGCACCAGAAUCGGGAGAAACAGUCGGGGAGGGCUGCCCUUCCCAAGGGUGGCAGGUAGGGUUGUGGCAAGUGGACGAGACAAAUAAAGCACAUGGCGGCGUUCGCACAAGGGGUGCACUAGUCCUGCCGCCCCGAGCAAACCAGGACCGGGGAAGCCCCUGCCCUGCGUGUCGGCGAAGGCUCUUCCCUCCGUCAGCGCCUGCAGCUGCGUCCGAAUCCCCACCUUCCCCCGCGCGGGGCCCCUUGGGCAGGACCGAUGAGGCCCCGUGGCCCUCGCUUCCGAGGACUGUACGUCUUCUCACUCUGGUCCCCCAGCCUGCCCAGAUGGGGACAACUGUGCAAAAGUCCCCUCCAGAGGAAAGUAUAUUUUGCCACAAAGCUGUUCAUUACAGGGGACGUUGGGUUAGCAAGGCGUGGGUCCUCAAUCUCCUGAUCCCCGUUUUCUGACAGACUAGUCACACAGCACAGCACAAGAUUUCUCCUCUGCCUUCUCUCGUGGUGUUCCAGAGAAACGUCUGUGGUCGUGGUUCAGAGUAACUCCUAUUUAUCCAGCUUACUGUGCUUAUUCAGGUCUCCGUAUGUCGCGCGUGUCCCUGUGUCCUGGAAUCGAGCGUGUGGGGGUCGUCCUGUCCUUGGAGCGCCCUCCCUUUCUCAGUGUUACCAGCAUAUCUCGUAACUGUUUACUGAAAAGUUG